UAUUUUCUUUUACUUUAAACUAAAACAACAGGAGUAAAAUAAUAUGCAUAUGUGGUUGUUGUGAAAGUAGCAAUUUUGAGCAGUGGGAUUUGUAUCCCUCCAAAAGUAGCAGAUAAUAAUCAGAUAACAAUGGCCGUAGCAAUAGGAAGAAGCUUCCCUUUUCAGCCACGCGCUUUAUUCAACAGUAAGAGCAUAGAUAAACCUUCACCAGCCGGAAGAUACUCGUGGGGAGGAGGAGUCACUCCACGUAAUAGGCAAGUUUGUGUGGCAGCACAACAGAGACCUACAUGGCUCCCAGGACUUGAUCCCCCACCUUAUCUUGAUGGAACUCUUCCUGGAGAUUUCGGGUUCGACCCACUUGGGCUUGCAGAGGAUCCAGAAAGCUUGAAGUGGUACGUGCAGGCAGAACUGGUUCAUGCUCGCUUUGCAAUGCUUGGCGUAUUUGGAAUUCUAGUGACAGAUCUACUUCGCGUCACAGGACUUAGUAAGAUACCAGUUUGGUUUGAAGCUGGUGCCGUAAAAUACGAGUUUGCUAACACAGAGACACUCUUCAUUGUUCAGCUACUUUUGAUGGGGUUUGCCGAAACAAAAAGGUACAUGGAUUUCGUUAGUCCUGGUUCUCAAGCUAAAGAAGGAUCCUUCUUUGGAUUGGAAGCUGCAUUAGAAGGCUUAGAGCCAGGAUACCCUGGGGGUCCUCUGCUAAAUCCUCUUGGUCUGGCUAAAGACAUUAAAAAUGCUCAUGACUGGAAGCUUAAAGAGAUCAAGAACGGGCGACUUGCAAUGGUGGCAAUUCUUGGCAUCUUUGUACAAGCUUCGGUGACUCAUGUUGGGCCAAUUGAUAACCUUGUGGAGCAUCUCUCCAAUCCAUGGCAUAAAACUGUUAUUCAGACCCUUGCAAGUUCAAGUUCCUAGUUCGAAGAAGCAUUGUAUUAGUUUUAUGUGACAUGGAAUGAUCCACAAAAUGAAAUUUCUUCUUUUCCCCCUUCAAGAUCUAAGGGUCUUGAGGUAAAAGUAUUCAAUUACAUUUCAACAACGGGAUAACUGUUCAUUGUGGCCAAUUGAAUGAUCUUAGUUCUUCGUUUAAGC